AUGCGGGCGCGCUGUCCCCGGCGGCGGGAGGUGCGGUGCCCAGCGCCGGGGGAGCGCUCCGACAGCCGCUCCGCUGUCUCUCGCAGGUGUGCCGCGGCUCCGCCGCUCACCUCCGCGCCCCUGAGCGGCUCCGGUGCGCCGGGAAACGAGCGUGAGAUUUCUCGGAUUACCUUGCUGGAUUCCAGAUCAGUUCAGGGAGAACUGGGGUGGAUAGCAAGUCCCCUGGAAGGAGGGUGGGAGGAAGUGAGCAUCAUGGAUGAGAAGAACACUCCUAUCCGCACCUAUCAAGUCUGCAAUGUGAUGGAGCCCAGUCAGAAUAAUUGGUUACGAACUGAUUGGAUUCCCCGUGAGGGGGCUCAGAGGGUUUAUAUUGAGAUCAAGUUCACGCUAAGAGACUGCAACAGCCUGCCUGGUGUCAUGGGAACUUGCAAAGAGACUUUCAACCUUUAUUACUACGAAUCAAACAAUGAUAAAGAGCGUUUUAUUCGCGAGAGCCAGUUUGCCAAGAUCGACACCAUUGCUGCUGAUGAGAGCUUCACCCAGGUGGACAUUGGUGACAGGAUCAUGAAGCUGAAUACAGAGAUACGGGAUGUGGGACCGCUCAGCAAGAAGGGGUUUUAUUUGGCUUUCCAGGACGUUGGUGCCUGCAUUGCUUUGGUCUCUGUCCGUGUGUUCUACAAGAAGUGCCCGCUGACGGUUCGGAACCUGGCGCAGUUUCCAGACACCAUUACUGGGGCUGACACCUCCUCUCUGGUGGAGGUUCGUGGCUCCUGUGUCAACAACUCGGAAGAGAAGGAUGUGCCAAAAAUGUACUGUGGGGCAGAUGGCGAAUGGCUGGUGCCCAUUGGCAACUGCCUGUGCAAUGCUGGCUACGAGGAGCGCAACGGAGAAUGCCAAGCCUGCAAAAUCGGAUACUACAAGGCUCUCUCGACAGAUGUGGCCUGUGCCAAGUGCCCACCUCACAGCUACUCCAUCUGGGAAGGCUCCACGUCCUGCACCUGCGAUCGGGGCUUCUUCCGAGCAGAAAAUGAUGCUGCCUCCAUGCCCUGCACUCGCCCUCCAUCUGCUCCCCAGCACCUGAUUUCCAAUGUCAAUGAGACCUCAGUGAACCUGGAGUGGAGCCCCCCGCAGAACAAAGGUGGCCGGGAGGACAUCUCCUACAACGUGGUGUGCAAGAGGUGCGGGGCCGGCGAGCUCGGCCGCUGCCGCUCCUGUGGCAGUGGGGUGCACUUCAGCCCCCAGCAGAACGGCCUGAAAACCACCAAAGUCUCCAUCACUGACCUCCUGGCACACACCAACUACACCUUUGAAGUCUGGGCGGUGAACGGAGUGUCCAAGCAAAACCCCAGCCAGGACCAGGCUGUGUCUGUCACUGUGACAACUAACCAAGCAGCUCCAUCCCCAAUUGCACUGAUCCAGGCUAAGGAGAUAACAAGGCACAGCGUUGCCUUGGCUUGGCUGGAGCCUGACAGGCCAAAUGGAGUCAUCCUGGAGUAUGAGGUCAAAUACUAUGAAAAGGACCAGAACGAGCGCAGCUAUCGCAUUGUGAAAACAGCCUCCAGGAACACGGACAUCAAAGGUCUCAACCCCCUGACCUCCUACGUGUUCCACGUGCGGGCCAGGACAGCAGCAGGCUACGGAGACUUCAGCGGGCCCUUCGAGUUCACCACCAACACAGUUCCUUCCCCUAUCAUUGGUGAUGGUACCAAUCCCACAGUACUUCUUGUUUCAGUGGCUGGCAGUGUUGUUCUUGUGGUCAUUCUCAUUGCAGCCUUUGUCAUCAGCAGGAGGCGCAGUAAGUACAGCAAGGCAAAGCAAGAGGCAGAUGAGGAGAAACACUUGAACCAAGGUGUUAGAACAUAUGUGGAUCCUUUUACAUACGAGGAUCCAAACCAAGCUGUGAGGGAAUUUGCCAAAGAAAUUGAUGCCUCCUGCAUAAAGAUUGAAAAAGUUAUUGGUGUGGGGGAGUUUGGUGAAGUGUGCAGUGGACGCCUCAAAGUGCCAGGAAAAAGAGAAAUCUGUGUUGCUAUCAAGACUCUAAAAGCUGGUUACACUGAUAAACAAAGGAGAGACUUUCUGAGUGAGGCCAGUAUCAUGGGACAAUUUGACCACCCCAAUAUCAUCCACUUGGAAGGUGUAGUUACUAAAUGUAAACCAGUAAUGAUCAUAACUGAGUACAUGGAGAAUGGCUCCUUGGAUGCCUUCCUCAGGAAGAAUGAUGGCCGAUUCACAGUGAUCCAGUUGGUGGGGAUGCUCCGUGGCAUUGGCUCAGGGAUGAAGUACCUGUCUGACAUGAGCUACGUGCACCGGGAUCUUGCCGCUCGCAACAUUCUGGUCAACAGCAACCUGGUGUGCAAAGUGUCUGAUUUCGGCAUGUCCCGCGUCCUGGAGGACGACCCUGAGGCAGCUUACACCACACGGGGUGGCAAGAUCCCCAUCAGGUGGACAGCUCCCGAGGCCAUCGCCUACCGCAAGUUCACCUCGGCCAGCGACGUGUGGAGCUACGGCAUCGUCAUGUGGGAGGUGAUGUCCUACGGGGAGAGACCCUACUGGGACAUGUCCAACCAGGAUGUGAUUAAAGCCAUCGAGGAAGGGUACCGGCUGCCCCCGCCCAUGGACUGCCCCAUCGCCCUCCACCAGCUGAUGUUGGACUGCUGGCAGAAGGAGCGCAGCGACCGGCCCAAAUUCGGGCAGAUUGUCAACAUGCUGGACAAGCUCAUCCGCAACCCCAACAGCCUCAAGAGGACAGGCAGCGAGAGCUCCAGACCUAGCACAGCCCUGCUGGAUCCCAGCUCCCCCGAGUUCUCGGCGGUUGUUUCUGUCAGUGACUGGCUCCAAGCCAUGAAAAUGGAGCGAUACAAGGAUAACUUCACAGCUGCUGGCUAUACCACCCUAGAGGCUGUGGUGCAUAUGAACCAGGAGGACCUGGCCAGGAUCGGGAUCACGGCCCUGGCGCACCAGAACAAGAUCCUGAGCAGCGUCCAAGCGAUGCGCACCCAAAUGCAACAGAUGCACGGCAGGAUGGUUCCCGUCUGA